AUGGCGGGAAGUUUUCAUUCGCGCUCAAACCUUUCCUCUUCUCAUUUUCACUUCAAGUAACACCAAAACCUUCUCUUUACUCGCUUUUACGGUUACUAUUACUAUUACAACACUAUUCACUCAUUUGUUACUUUAUGCUUUCUUCUUUCUCCUUCAUCAUUCUAAUCAGGUGAAAAUCAUGGCUCCUAGAUUACCUAUUCAAAGAAACCAAAAGAAGAGGAAGGCAAGUGACUCAUCCUCUAGCAAACCUAACUUUGACAGCGACGGAUUUCGCUCUAAGAAGUGUGAAGAGUAUUAUGCGACUACGCAUAAACGAGGAAUACACCUAAGGGUGAGGCCAACUUGGAGGCAUCUUAAGGCUCAAAACCAACAGCCAGAAACGGAUGAGCAAAAAUUGGAUUCUCUUCUCAGUGAUAUGGUCGCUUUACGUAGAAUGUGGCAAAUCGAUGUGGAGAAAGCUCAGAGAUUAGAAGAUCAAUUGAGAGAUUUGUGGGAAGAUCUCAACCUCAAUGUCAUGCCCAUGAGGAAAAGGACAGCUGAGGAAGUUGAUCAGUAUGUGGACUGGAAACCUUUUGAAGGGCAUCCUAUAGUACUUGAAGAAGAGAGUGAAGAAGAUGAUACUGAGGAGGAUGAUGAAAGUGAAGAAGACUAUGGAGAAGAGGAAAAUGAAAAUGAAGAAGACGAUGGAGAAUACGAUGAGUAUGAGAUGAAAAAGGCUGUUCUUUUCCAUAACGCGGAAGCCCUACAUAGAAUGGUUCAAGUUUCUAAAGAGAAUAGACAGAGGAUGAAAGACAUUGCAAGACAAAUGUAUGAAGGCCUCCGUCGUAAUGACCCGCCCAUAACUGAUUUUAAAGAUGAAGAAAUUGCUUGCCUUGUGAACUGGAUGGAGAUCAUUUGGAGGACAUUCUUCAAUACCUAAACAAAAGGGGAACCAGGAAGAUAAGACCAUAAAGACUGAGACAGAAAAAUAUGGUUAUGCUUUUUUUAGUUUUUGCAUAUUAACUUUGUUUGGUUAUGCUUUUUCUCUUUUAUGAAUGUUGAUUAGAAUCUAAUGUAGGAGUUGCUUAUUAUUAUGCUUUUAUUUUGUGUUCUAAAACAAACAAUUUAUGUAUGUAUUUGCCAAUUAAAUGCAGAGCCGUUCCUAGA